AUGCACACUUGUCAAGCAACAAUUACACGUACAGGAACUAUAACAUCUUCAGUUAUUUAUCAUUUAUCAAGUAAACAUCCAGAAGAACACAAUCUUAUGAAAAAGAAAUUAAGAUUAGCCAAGAAAUCUCAAUUCGCAAGUUUACCGUUAGACAAUGAAGGGAGUCAAUAUUUAACACGUUUAGCUGUCGAAUUUCUGAUUUAUAAUCUUUUUCCUAUUAGUCUUGUCGAAUGUCCGAAAUUACAAACAAUUUUUACUCAAAUUGAAUCAUCAUAUGGGUUACCGUGUAGAAAAUAUAUGAUGAAAACUGUAUUUGAAAAAAUGUAUAAUGAUACACGCGCACAAAUUGCCAAUGAAUUGAAAAAUGCUAAUGAUAAGUCUUCGAUCAAUUUUUUUUCUCAAAGUGUAUGCUUGACGAUGGAUGGUUGGUCAUCACAAACUGGACAGGCUUAUCUAACCGUUACUGCACAUUUUAUUAGGAAGGAUUAUGUUUUAAAAUCAGUAGUAUUAGUUAUAAUGGAAUUUGAAGGAAAUCAUACAAGCGAACGAUGUAAUGCAUUCCUGGAAGAACUUUGUAUCAAAUGGCUCAUAUUUCAUUUAAUAACCUGUCUUGUGUCAGAUAAUUGUAGUGCAAUGAAGAAAACUGGUGUAAUGUUUGGUAAAGGCUGGCUUAGUUGUGGCGAUCAUUUAAUUAAUUUAUGUGUUAAUUAUAUGAAGUAUCGGAAGCAUUAA